GCAUCUGGUGGUGGUAAGGGGAUGUCGAUGGCUUUGUCUGUUGGUGGUUAUUUUUAAUUUUAAUUUAUUUUUUUUUUCUUUUGUGUUUUUUGUUUUUGUGAUUGAUGAUCCCUCUCGUGUGGAGACUCUUUCUUGCAAGUGAGUGAGUGAGUGAGUGAGUGAGUACUGUGGGUGAGAGCUGUGAGUUUUGCGUCACACUCUUGCAGGUGAUUGGUUGUCGGAUGUUUCUGUCAAUCAGGUCUCUCGUCAAGGUGUGGCCGUUUGUUCGUCCGCUUCUUCCCUUAUGCGUCGCUGGGUCUAACACAUGACGACUUUAGAGGUUGGUCAAGGUUAGGCGUCUCGGGUCCUGGUUUAUAGGCGUCUGUUAAAAGAUACCUAGUCUCUGGGAGGGGGGAUUCAAGUUUGGAGGGAUGUCCUCUCUUUCUUUAAAAGGUGUUGCUUGCAUGGGUCUGGAGAUAGUGCUGCAAGGGUAAUUCUGCAGCCGUGGUAGCUCGUUCAUAAAAUCGUGAGAGCUCUCCUGCGAAGGCUGCACACUUAGAGCGGUUGUAUUUGCCCAACUGAGUCACGAGGUGCGAGUUAGGGCAAUCGUCGCAAUUUAUCAUCGCAAUCCUAGCAUGAGCAGUCCGUUGUGAGAGGAUAGACACACGGGGGAUUUUUGGUGAAGCUUGUUAGGGGUAAGUAGGUAGGUUGUAUUUCAUGGCAGCUCCUAUAUCCAUGGACCUCAGCGAACCAGGAGAGUUGGGAAAAGUAGGCAAGAGUGGAGGAUCGUUAGCAGUUAGCAAAUCGUCGAGCAAGAUAAAGAAAGGCUUGCGACCGACGUUGGCACAACCCAGACUAGCUCCGCAGGUGUACAAGACAGAACCAAGCGACUUCCGCUCUCUAGUACAACAGCUGACAGGCACUUCCUUGCCUGCGAAUCCACCUCCCUCUGGACCCAAGCCUCCCAACUCCAGAUUGUCAAGCCUUGCCCCACCGCCAUUGAGACCAACCGGCACCUACCCUGCUCUUGUCCAGCCUUCUGCACAACCCUCUGGGCAAUUGCAACCAAACCCUGCAGUAGCGAUCCACCCACCCUCGUUUCCUUUCGCAAGCUACUCCCCUCUAUCAAACCAUGGUGCCUCGCCAUUCCCUGUGCCAUCUCCACUGUCAUUUUCUCCGUUACCCAAGCUAUCACCAAGUGACCAAGUUUGGGUGAACUCGCUGGAGUCGCCAGGCAGCGCAGUUAUCCGACAACUUGCCGAAAAAAUUGCGGAGGGUAAUGUUCCAGCAUCAAAGCCAGAUACAAGCGCAACCGCGGCUUCUUCUCUCCCUCCCAUGUCGCCCACGUUCUCCAAUCUCAGAUUCUCCUCUACCUUCGGCCUUCCUAGCCCUACUGGCUUCCCAAGCCCCAACGGGUUCGGCUUCGGUCUCGGGAAUGUCUACAGCUCCAGCAGUUGCUUCACACCCUCAGCCGCGUUGGCCAUGGACGCCACUUUCAGUUUUCCUGAACCAGACCUAGCCAUGUCUCCAGCUAGUACGCCAUAGCUUUUGUGAACUCCAACAGUCAACCGAUUUCACUCAUUGUGAAGCAUAUGAAGGUAUUGAAUGAUUCCUCCUCCUCACGCCAACCUAGCCGCACAAGUAUUACGUUGAUAGGUGGAUGAGGUACUCUCCUAACUCUACUCAAUCUACCUCGCCACUUAAGGGGUUUGGCUAGUCCUUAUUUGAAAUGGAGUGUACAGUCUAUGAGCUUAGUUUCGAUCAUGCUGAAAGAUUCCGGCCACAUCACGACUUGACGCUCUUGAUGCUUUGGAGGAGGAGGAGGAGGAGGAUUAUCGAUUAAUGGAGCUUGUAGCACUGGUUUCGGAGUGUUAAAGGUGUUUGAUUGGAAGGUGGGUUACAACUUCCGAGGAGAACGAAGUUGAAGGAUCUGCGUCAUGUAUAAAGAAACCAGUCGAAGACCAAACAGCAGUGUACAAAAAUAUGCACAACUCUGAGUUUGAUUCUUUGAUUGACUCUUACAAAUUGCGGUCUCUAAUGAUCCUAUACACCCCACAGAAAGAUCCCAUGUAUGUAGACAGUGAUCACGUGUGAAAUUGCUUUGUGGAGGCCUCGAACUACACCGUCUGUUGUAGAGUUUGCAGACUACAGGAAUACACUUUGCUGCCUCAGAAUUCCUAAGGAUGUUGCUACUGCAGAUUCUCCUUCACUUGCUUGGGCGAUUUGGUCUCUGUACAUGUGAGUUUGAGUGGAUUUUUUUGAACUAUUUCUUUCAAUUGCUAUAACGAUUAGAUUUCUCAUAAAAUUGAACCCAGUUUCUGUAAUUCUCUAAGCUAGAGGUAUCCAAUUCCAGUCCUUUGAACACUUCGCAUGGUUGAAUCUCAUGAAAUGGCUUACCCAAAUGUAAUAGCAGCCCUGUUUGGAGUCAAUCGUAUUCGAGAAGUUACUUUAAGCUUACGUCUACACAGACGAUUAUUGUGGAUCUUAUGCAGAGUUAUUAUACAUUUGGACCCUUGAUUGUAGCUAA